UCUCUUCUGGCUUUUAUUUUUGAAGAAAUUGUGGAGGAAUGUAUUGCAUGUGGUGGACUUUAUUUCUUUGAAUUCACAAGCUGCAGUGCCUUUCUUUUGAGCCUCUUGAUCUUGUGUCUGUAUUGUACUGAUGUGUAUGAAACACUGGGUGAAGAUAAAGUACAGAAAGUGAAUUUUUGGGCAGUGCUAGGCGUAGGUGUGGUUUUUGUAUUAGCAUCAGUAGUGUUUGCUGCGACCAGCUUUGGACUUGCUUUUGAAAAAGCUGCAUGCGUGUUUGGAUUUUUUGCAAGUGGUGCAUUUUUGGCUGAAAUUAUUACAGAGUAUUUUCACAGUCGGAAACGAAACAUUAACGGAUGCUCUGAAAAUCCUGCCAACACUCAGGGUGCCACAGAAAAUCAGCCACUGAAUAAACAAAGCUAA